AUGGCAUCGCAUGUUGUUUAUCAAGGAAAGCGUGCAUUAAUCAUUGGUAUCAAUAAAUAUCGACGUGAUCCAUUACAAUACUGUAUUCAGGAUGCUGAAGAUUUAAGUAAAACUCUUCGUUGUAUCGAUUUCGACAUAACCUUAGCACUGGACUGUAAUUGUAAUAAAUUCUACGAGGUAAUUGACAUAUUUGCUGAAACAAUUCAACAUGAUGAUUUAGUAUUAUUUUAUUUUGCUGGUCAUGGUAAGCAAUCGGAAGAUGAAAAUUAUUUAUUACCAUCGGAUUAUGAUUAUAAUUUUCGAACCCAUGAACGUGACUACAUUACGAAUCAUGCCAUUAAUGUACAAUAUAUCAUGAAGAAAAUAGACGAUAAACUGUGUUAUGUUACAAUCUAUAUAUUUGAUUGUUGCAGAAAAUUGAUAAAAACUCGAGCAAAAGAUAUGAAUCAAGGUCUAUCACCGAUGAGCGCGCCACCAAAAACUCUCAUUGUAUUUGCGUGUGCUCCGGGUAAAACAGCAAUGGAGGAAACUCUAAAUAAUAGAAAUGGUAUUUUCAUUGAAAACUUAUUAAAAUAUAUUUCAAAACCCAAUCAAGAUAUUGAAGACAUAAUGAGGAAAGUUGCUUGUGAUGUAAACUUAAAUACAGAUGGUUUCCAAUUGUCGUAUCGAACAAGUUCACUCACACAAAAAAUUUAUUUAGUAACACAUUAA